CGUGAGAACAGGUCCUGCUCCGGCCAGGCAGCCAUAGCCACAGCUUCCACCUCCCCGCCUCUGCUCCCGGUCCCCAAAUGAGCGAGACUUCCCUGGUCACACCCACAGCCCGUGGAGCCGGCUUCAAGUAAAAGCACUCAGAAAGGAAAGCGAAGGAGAAGCACUGACCUGCUUCCUUAAAAAUCACCAAAGCUGAACUACGCAGGAGCCGGCAGGGCUAAGACGCCUAACCACAGAGGGAAAAUGAGCCUUCUCAAAGAGCGAAAACCAAAAAAGCCGCAUUACAUCCCCAGGCCCCCAGGAAAGCCCUUCAAGUACAAGUGUUUCCAGUGUCCCUUUACUUGCAACGAAAAGUCACAUCUUUUUAAUCACAUGAAAUACGGUCUCUGUAAAAACUCCAUCACUUUAGUGUCUGAGCAAGAUCGCAUUCCCAAGUGUUCCAAACCGAACUCUUCGGACCCUAAGCCAACCAAUCAGUCCGACCCCAUGGCAAAGCCCACCUCCUCCAAGCACGUCCCAAGUGGGCUCUCACACCUGGACGCCAAGCUCCAACAUGGCCUCGCCAAGGAUGACAUCAAGGAAAAUGUGGACCUGCAUGCGUGCGGGCCCCACAGGUGCCCCGGACAGAAGCCCACUCUCCACAAGGAAGCAGCACCCCUGAGUCCAGCUCCAGAAGCCACCGCGGGCACCCAGCCUGUGCUAGAAGGCGCUACCCGGCCUUCAGCAUUCAUUCCAGUCGGCGAGCACAGACUCAAAGGGCAGGAACUCACCGAGGCUCCUGAAGCGCUGACCCUGACCCAGCCCCCUGCCAAAGCUGCCUCCUUCCACACCAAGUCUGCCUUUCAUGCCCCUGGCUACCCGUGGAAAGCUGGCUCACCUUUCCUCACACCUGAGUUUCCACAUAAAAUCCCAUCCACAAAGGGGUUUGGUGCCACUUCCCCGUACGUGCACCCCACCAUCGCAGAGUACCCGCCUCACUUUUACACAGAGCACGGACUGGCCACCAUCUACUCACCGUACCUACUCGCAGGGAACUCGCCCGAGUGUGACAGCCCCCUGCUGUCCGUCUAUGGGGCCCAAGACCAAAGACAUUUCCUGCCUCACCCAGGGCCGAUCCCUAAGCACCUGAACCCGGCUCCAUCCACAUACGACCAUUACAGAUUCUUCCAGCAGUAUCACUCCAAUCUGCCGAUUCCUUAUGGAUUUUAUAGACCAGAGUCUGCAUUUUCCUCCUACGGCCUCAGACCCCCACCCGUUGCUGGUAUUUCACAAGAUCAAAGCUCACACCUACUGGAAGAAGCUGCCCUGGCCUACCCGGCCUGGAGUCCAUCCAAGUUAACCUCUUCCAACUCCCACAAAAAACACACAGAGUUUGAGAAAGAGAGUCCGACUCCCGAGGCUAAAGACCUUUCCAAAGAUGGGCAGAGGGACACGGAAGGGACCAAAAUGAGCCCACGUGCAGGCAGCGCGGCCACAGGCUCCCCGGGAAGGCCGAGCCCCACCAAUUUCACGCAGACAAGCCAGCCCUAUGACGGGCUGUACAGCCUCUUGGACAUGCCGGCCUCCGGCGCCCCAGGAAGUCUCCAUCCACCAGAACAGAGCCUCACAGCCUUCAAGCCUGUCAAGAAGAAAACGGAGCGCCCACAUUCCCAGGCCCCAGAAAACAGAGCUGCAUCUCCAGAAAGCCUCGAGGCCAUGAACGAAGACGCUCUGGCUCAGAUGGGGAGCCUGGAAGCUGCACCCUCCAGCCCAGAGGACGGCUCCAGGGCAGCCCCUCUGAACCUCUCCACAAAACCAGAAGCUGAGCCGGCCACUACACGCACCACUGCCUAUGGAGAAUUUGUGGAGCCACAGGACGCGCCCCUCAACCUCUCGGUGAAGGACCCCUGCAACGCCCUGACCUCAAGGCCCUCCGUCCGCAGCCGCCCGAGAGGGGCCGAACCCGCGGCUGCCCCCACCCCAACUCCUGCUCCGCAGUCGGAGACAGCAAGUUCCGGGGGGGGGCCCGACCCCAGCUCUGCGGAGGCCCCUGUGCCCAGCCCCGCCGGGAAGGCCCAGGACGCACGCUCGGCUGACAGUGACGAGCAGAAGCAGACUGCGGCCGUGGCCCUCUGCCAGCUGGCGGCCUACAGCCCAGGGAACGUCGAGCCCGCUGCCCAGGAGCCUGCCUGCCAGCCAGACGCACCCACCCCCAGAGCCCCUGAGAGCCAGGAGGCUCAGUGCGACCCCAGACCCAAAGGGCAAAAGAGGACGAGCCCCAGGGAUGCAGGGAAGGCCCAGCAGGGAACCAAGAAGGCAAAGCCCAGCGACACAGCCAGAGUGUUCACACUCCGGAAAAGAACGCGGGUGUCUUAGAGCCACCUCUGGCCAGCCACAGGCUGCAGUCACAAGCACGCCUUCCGGUGCAGGCGAGACAGCAGCAAACCUCCAUCUGGCCCUUGCUUUUUCAUCUGGUAAAUUUUUACAACGCAGUUUUCUUCUUCUCAAAAAAAAAUUAAACUAAACCUGCAACUCAAUUCAGUUUUGUAAAUACUAAGCAUGAACACUAAAAGGUGCUUCUACUUCUGGUUGUAAAAUAUUUGAAUGACUCACACUGUAGGACCUGAUGAAAUGCA